UUGUUUUUAAUGUCAAAGAAUAAAAAUUAAAAUAUAAAUAAUAAGCAUAAAUGAAGAGUGAUUAAUUAUAGUUUUUAAUCGUUUUGGUUUGAUCUUAAAGUAAAAAAAAAAAUGAAAUGCACUUCAUGGUUGUCUGAUUUUGUCAAAAAUAGUUCUGAAGAGAUACAACCACCUGAAUGGCUAUUCAUCAACCAGUUUUUAGAACAAAAUGACAAUGGCAUACUCUGUGAAGCUUCUGAUAAAACUCACCGAAUAAAGGCUUUUAUUACCAAUGAAGCAAUCCAAAACUUUGAGAAAAAACGAGAUCUUCACAUCCGUCAUAUUAAAGGUGGAUUAAUAUUAUGCCAAAAAUUUUGCUUUGAAUCACUUUAUCCUUACAGUUUCAAUACUCUCCUAAAAAUCAGUUGCUUUGACUCACCUGGUGGUUUAAGUGUAGCACAAAGUGUUGAUCAUCUCCCUCUAUUAGAAUCUUCAAAAAAAUCAAAAUUAGAACUAUGUCAUAAAGUUUGCCAACAAUUUUUAAAUAAAACUAGCUAUAACAAAAAUGAUUGGAUUAUUCAAGAUUUUGAAGAAAAAAUAUUGAAAGAAAAAGAAGGUUGGGUUGAGAAGAACAAUGUUUUUAAUAACACAUGGAAAGAUAGUUGGUAUGCAACACCCCCUGUUGAGUAUCCUUCUAGUCAGAAGCAGGUAUGUUUAUCUCCACCUUCUAAAAAAAGUAAAAUUUUAUCAAACCAAAAUAUUGCAAAUCAAAAUCUUGCUUGUAGUUCAAAAUUACAAGCGAAUGAAAAUUUUGAUCAAUCACUCAAUGUAUUUUUUACUCAACAAGAAUCAGAGAAUCAAGAAUCACGAGAGAACAUGUUUAUUUUAGAAAAAGAUGAUUUACAAUUAAGGAGUGCUCUUGAUGAAGCGACAGUCCAAUGUAAUAACGCAAAUAGUUGUGAAAGUUCAUUAUGCUCCCCUGGCAUUUUGAAUAAUACGCACACAGUUAUAGAACCUUGUUCAUCAGGUGAUCAAGUUGUAAGUAAGGGAUCAAGUCCUACCUUUAGCGGUAAAACUCGAAACAAAAACAACAAUUCUAAAAAAAUUAAUGAAAUGUCGUAUGAAUUACUUAGUUCAUUGCUAGACCUUGCUGUAGUUGAUAAACCAAUUAGCGUAUCUAGUAGAAGAUCAAGGGCUCCUAAAUGUAUUCAUAAGUUUAUUCCAACCUGCUCAAAUUGCUGUUAUCAUUUUCUCUACAAGGCAGUAUCAGAUUUUUGAAUAAACUUGGGCUUGGGCUUUUAAAGUUGGGCUUUUAGUCCUUUUUUUACUGACCUAUGAUGGAAUAAACAGUAAUGAUUAUUAUUACUAUCUUUUUUUUAUAGUUCUUACUAUUAUGUUAUUUGUAUAUUUUAUUUGUAUAUAAUAUUUAUGUAUUCUGAAAUGUAAAUGUGAACAUGAAAUGCAAACUAAAAACUAA